AUAAAUAAAUGCUGCAUAUUUAUUGGUAUAUGUUAUAAAGAACAAUGUAGUCACGUAUAUUGUGAAUUUAAAUUUGGAAUAUUACUGUUAUGUUUGUGAACUAUAUACCGUAUAGGUAGGUUGCAAUUGAAAUCUUAUAAAGCGCAUACGCCAGUCUAUUUUGAAAUUCUCGAAAGACUGGAGCAUUUUUCCUUGACAUUGGUUAAGUGCAUUAACUAUCCAGUGAGUGUUUUUUUUAUUAAAAUUUGGUAUUUAUUAUAAAAUAUACCUAAUUUAUACAAGUAUGGGAAUACUACUCUCCAGAUUUCGGAAAAAAAAAACAACCAUCGAAAUUUUGGAUAGUUUGGAAACAAAAAUAAAAGCAAUAGAACAGUAUGGAACAACAACUGAACAGAGACACAAAAAAAUAGUAGGAACAUUGAUAAUUUAUAGUGUCAUCCUUUACAUUGUAACAGCAGUACUUUUUUAUUUUUAUUUUUUCCCGGCAUCUCUUUAUGAUCAACUAUUUUAUAUAAUUCCACUACUUAUUUUUCCACUGCUUAUAGUAUUUACUAAAAAAAUGGUAACUUGGUAUUAUAAAAGGAAAAUUUCCAGAAAUCAAGAAAAACUUGUUGAGAUGCAAAAAGAGAAGAAAAAAAUACUUGAUGAAGUAACAGAAACAGAAACGUAUAAAAAAGCCAAAGAAAUUUUGUUAAAAUUUGCACCUGAUCAAUUAAGAAUGUCACCGCUCACUCCACAGCCAGUUUCUAAAAUAUCUAUGAGUACAGCUACAAAUCCACGUGCUCCAAGCACACCACAAACUGCAAUUCAAUCUACACCGAAUAAUAAUGAAUUAAGAAAACGAACUUUAACCAAUGUCAAUCCUGUGUUGAAUGCAUCAAUCGGUAGGCCCGUUAAUUCUGGUCGUGUGCCACUUGGGUUUGCUUCUCCUGCUAAUACUCCUCAGCAGAUUCCAUAUUAUCAGCCCACUGAUAGAUUACAAAAUGCUUCAUUAAUGCAUCCUCGGUCACCACUUCCUCGUCCGAUACUUCCUCAACAAAGAAGUUAUUUGGACCGUUUGGUAGAAUAUUUAGUAGGUGAUGGACCAUCGAAUCGUUAUGCUCUUAUUUGCCAUCAGUGUGAUUCUCAUAAUGGGAUGGCACUUAAAGAAGAAUUUGAAUAUUUUGGAUUCAGAUGUUGCUACUGUAACUACUGGAAUCCAGCAAGAAAACAAAAACCUUCUGCUCCAAAACUUGAAAUGGAUCUUACGAGUUCCCAUUCAUCUGAGAACCAAUCGAAAUCAACUGAUGAUAUAUUAACUUCAUCUGAAACAGAUUCAGAUAUUGAAGUAGUUGAGAAACCAGAAACACCUGAAAAUGAAAUGAAACAAUCGGAAAAAAUAGACAAUAAAAUAGAAGUUGAUAGCAAUGAAAAAGAAGAAGACAAUUUGGUAGAAAAGAAAAACACUGAAGACACAACUAAACUUGAUGAUAAUCAGCUUGAAAAAAUGGAGAUUGAUGAAUCUCCACGUUGAUAUAAUUUAUUGAAAUUUUCAAGUUGAAAAUAAUUACCAACAGUGGCUUAAAUUUUUUACGCGUCAUUUUUCCCGUCAUAAUUUGUUGUCCUCAUUCCAGUCUAUAUCAUUUAUAAUAAUGAAACAAAGUUUCUGAAUAGUCCGACUCAAUAUAAAUUAAUUUAUUUUUUUAA